AUGAAGUUGCUGUCAUGGCGGUGAUCUGAAGCUUUGUACGUGGCAAAGUGCACUGCUCUGAAUAUUCAACGUGAAAUGAAAACCCUGCCUUUUUAAAUUGUUUGUAUAGAAUUUUCGUAAAUUCUAGUUAACCACUGCAGUGUCUGAUCUGGUGACCACAAAGUACGAUUACGCAAAUCUCGUCAUAAAAUUCAAGAUGUUUCGAAGAAAUAUCUACGUUAUGCGUUUACUUUUUUUGCUACUUUCUGUGGCAAUAUACGGCGCUCAGGCAACAGGAGAUGAAAACUUAGGAAAUACUCAGAGUGGUGUAGGAACUAAUGCUAAAGAGGGUGCCCGUGAAGCUUCUGCCAGUGACAAUUGGAUCACGAAUCUGUCAUGGAACCUUCUUGGCUAUGCGACAAUAAUCAUACCCGGAGCCUUCAUUAUUCGUAUGCUCAAGAACUCGAACUUCAACGAAAGAAGCGGUACAGGUUGCCUCUUCCGUUCUGUUCAGCUUUGUGUGUUUGGCACACCACCAGAGACCCCAAGCGUUGAGGAUGGUGGCAUUAAACCAAAAGAGGACCCUCCUUCGCCAGGUUUUUCUCAGACAACUAUCAAGCUUCUCUUUUGUGCUGCUGGUCUUCAAGUAUCUUAUCUCACAUGGGGAGUCUUACAAGAACGAAUCAUGACAAGAAGUUAUGAAGAACGUAGGGCAGAUGGGACUGUAGAACUUGUGAAAUUCCAAAACUCUCAAUUCCUUGUAUUCAUUAACCGCAUCCUGGCUUUGACAGUAGCCCUUAUUUAUAUAAUAUUCACCCGGCAACCACGUCACACUGCUCCACUGUACAAGUAUUCAUACUCUUCCUUUUCAAAUAUAAUGAGCAGCUGGUGUCAGUAUGAGGCAUUGAAAUUUGUCAGUUUUCCAACGCAAGUCUUAUGUAAAGCAUCAAAAAUAAUACCUGUUAUGAUCAUGGGGAAAAUAGUAUCAAAGAAAACAUAUCCAUACUAUGAAUAUGUUGUUGCAGUUCUCCUUUCUGGUGGGGUUAGCCUCUUUCUCUUGGCAGCUGAUCCAUCAGGAAAGCGAACUGCAGCAGCUACAACUUUUUCAGGUGCUGUUAUUCUCUUAGGUUAUAUGGCAUUUGACAGCUUCACUUCCAAUUGGCAGUCAGAGCUGUUCACCCAACACAAAAUGUCCUCCAUGCAGAUGAUGUUAGGAACUAAUCUCUUUUCCAGUCUGUUCACAAUGUGGUCGAUGAUUGAAGGUGGAAGCUUCUUGUCCUCAGUUUGGUUUGCACUAAGCCACCCUGAGUUUGCAUUCCAUGCUGUAUUGUUGUCUCUCAUGUCAGCAACAGGACAGCUAUUUAUUUUUUACACCAUUCAAUCAUUUGGUCCAAUUGUCUUCACCAUUAUCAUGACCACACGGAUGAUGUUAAGCAUACUUCUGUCGUGUAUCCUGUAUAACCACCCUCUGUCAGCUCAAGCAAUGUUUGGUGUGAUUAUUGUAUUUGUGGCUCUCUUUCUGAGGGUUUAUGCUAGGUAUCGUGCAAAAUCUUCCAGUAAGUCCUAACUUCAUUAGUUAAAAUGGGCUGGGUAAGCAGAAAGCUGGUAAUGAAAAUUUUGGAAAGCAUCCUUCAAUUCUCUCUUGAUGAAAAGAAGAUGAAUCUGCCACUGGCAAUAUUUUUCAUGUACACACAUACAUACACUCUUAUUUAACCCUUAAACUCCCAUGAGUGACCAAGACAGGAUUUCUUCUUAAAAUAUUAAUACAUUAUCAACCAGAUAAGUGAAAAGAAUAAAGAAAAAUAUCAGUUUGGGGAUAAUUAGUUAAUCCAAUACCAAAUUCUCUGAACUAACAUCAUUAGAAUUGUAUGAUUGACAGUAAGGAGAAUGACAAUUUUGAUCUGGGAGUUAAAGAGUUAAGAAUACCAGGAGCAUUGCUUUUGUGAAAGCUUGCUAAGUGCACCCCCCUCCCAUAGAAAAAGAUAAAAUAAAAAAUUCAGUUUAGUGCUCCUUCAUCUGUAACAAGCAGUUAUCCUAUUGAACACUAUGCACACCAAAGCUUAAACAUGUUGUUUUUGUUUAACAUGGUUUAGAAUUGUUUUCUUCAUUGAAAUAUAUUUUCUUCAUUGAAGCCACUUAAACCAAGUUUGUUGACUUCAAAUUUAGUACUUUUUAAAUACAUUUCAGUGAUUACUUAAUACCUAAUAAGCCUGAAUUUUUCUUGGAUGAAAAAUUCAGGUUUUCUGUUUGUUUUUGAUUUUCAUUCAGUUAUACACAGUUUGACAAAACAUGUUUUUCUGGUGUGAAUGGGACCUUUGUAUUUAUUAAACUGUUCAAUCUUCCUUAUUUGUGAGUGGAGAAAAGUGUCAUUAUUACAGUGAUUUCAAAUUAUAAAAGUUGAGUUUAAUGUGA